GUUCCAUUCGAUUGCCUAGUGAAAUGCGUUGGUGCCGUGCCCUCUCAGAAGGACCUGCAGCUCAUACGCAACAACUUGACAAAAAAUAAGAUUCUCACCGACGACGAGAGUGGCUUGCGAUGGACGGACUUUACCCCACCUGCUACAUCGAAAGGGUCCAAAGAAAAUGUGUUUGAGCCCCUCGGUCGCAUCAUCGCUGAAAUUUUGGAAGAAGUCCCACAUCGCGGAGUGUCCUUCCUAGCGAACCCAAACGGAACGCCCCUCUCGCAGUGCAACAAUACUUCCACGCCUGAUGGAUACCUUCCCAAGAUACAUUGGUUCGAUAUUGCUGUGCCAUUCGAGUUCAAGAAGGAAGAUACCAGGUCUCUCCGAGAUGACGAAGAGAAGAUAGUCUGGAGCCUUCACAGUAUCAUGCGCGAGGAUCUUCUUCGUCGUUUUGUGUUCGGUAUCACAAUGGAGGACACGCAAUUGAGACUGUGGCUCAGCAAUCGUGCGUUCCUUGCGGUUACUGAACCUAUCAACUUCUUCAAGAACAUCGAUGGCGUUAUCUCGCUCUUUUACGCUCUUGGAUCUGCGUCUGUGUGUUCUACCAUGAAAGAGCUCGGAUGGGACCCCACUGUCGAGCGGAUCCGUGAUGGGGAGGGUUUCCAAUACAAGUUCACUAUCGGGGACGAAGUGUUCACCACUACACAUGAACUUGCAAUCUAUGGCGCAGACUCUAUGGUUGGGAGUGGAACUCGCGUGUACGAAGCUACGGACGCCGAGGGAAAGAAAGUUGCCGUCAAAGAUUCAUGGAGAGAAGCUGGACGUCAAUCAGAGGGCGAGAUCCUAGAAAACAUCUUGGCUUCCUGUGCGGAGAAGCUGCAACCGGAGGAGUUGGCGGAUGCCAAGGGGCACUUCGUUGGAGUCCGGAUCUGGAAGGAUGUCAUAAUCGACGAAACCCGAGACGAGACGCUGGACCCGAUGGUUGCAGACGAGCAUAAUUGUACCUGGGUGUCCAUCGAUCUCAAUUCCAUCUUCUCCGCGACUGCCUGUAUUCCCACACAAUUGGACGUUAUUGCACGAAAAGACACUGGCAUCCCACGCAGAGUCCACACUCGCACUGUCUUCCAUGAUGUCGGAGUCGCUGUCAAGGAUGUUACCUGUUUGGCCGAUAUUCUGACUUGCUUGUCCGGCGCACUUCUUGCCUUGUAUUAUAUGCACAAAGCAGGCUGGGUUCAUCGCGAUUUCAGUGUCGGGAAUGUAAUCUGGGUCGGGGGUAUCGGGAAAUUGGGUGACUUCGAGUACGCGAAAAAGACAGAUUCAAAUACUACUCAUGAUGUUCAAACGGGAACAAUGCCUUUCAUGGCGCUGGAAGUAGAAAGCCAGCAGUACCUUUUCUACUCAAUUCCCGACUCCCUCCUAUUUGCAACAGACCUCCCGCCCAAACCUCCAUUUCGCAUGAAUUUCCUGCAUGACAUCGAAUCCGUGUGGUGGGUUUCUACCUGGAUCUUCUUUUAUCACACAGACACAAAAACGGCGAACACCAACCAUUCCUUUGAUACUCAGUGGCAACAAUUCCAGUUGGCCUUCCCUGGUACGGUCUACUGCGCAUUACGCCAUGACUUCUUCAACAACCUUAGAGAACUCCAUAGGAGUUGCCAAACUGUUCUUUCAAAGACGUGCUUGGAUGUUUGCCGUCGUAUUCCUCAUUUCGCAAAAGCUCUCAAAGAUGGCUAUCGAAAGGCGGAGGCAGUUUAUCCCUUGCUAGCGCUUGACGACACUCUUCUGGAAGAUAUGCACAGAAGUGCUGCAGAAUUUUUCAGUGAUGCGCAAGAACGUGCUGGGGUCAUAGAACUUUGUCCGCUCCCCGACUUGCUGAAGCAGAAGAGGCUCAGACCGGGAGAUGAGGCAUCACCUCCGCCAAAAAAUCCAGGGAAGAAACCUCGACAUGAUUGAUUUUUUGUUGUUUGUAUGAGAAAGAACCGAGAGAU